AUGACUCAUCCGUGGCAUGACGUCGAAGUUCGUGACGCCCCAGAAGUAUUUCCAGUAGUCGUUGAGAUUCCCAAGGGAUGUAAGGUGAAGUACGAGUUGGAUAAGGCCUCUGGAUUGCUUUUCGUCAAGAAAAUUCUUGCAUCGUCAACAAUCUAUCCAGCAAAUUAUGGAUUUAUUCCACAGACAUUAGGAGAUGAUGGUGAUCCUGUCGAUUGCUUAGUGUUGAUGCAGGAGACUGUUCAACCGAAAAGUAUCGUGCGGGCGCGACCAAUUGGUUUGAUGAAAUUUCUUACGAAGGAUAAUCAAGAAGACGCCAAAAUUCUUUGUGUCAAUGUUUCUGAUCCUGCGUACAACAUCUACACCCAUAUCAAUCAGCUUUCACCCCACGUUGCUCUUGAAAUGAAACGGUUUUUCGAAGACUACGAAGUUGAAGAAGGAAAACAGAGAGCGUCUAAAGGAGAUGUCGAAGGACCAGACGAAGCAAAAGAGGUUGUAAAUAGAGGAUUAAAGACGUAUAUUACAACAGUUGCAUCCAAGCAUAAAUAUAUAAGACUUGGAACUUUGUCGUCGUAA